ACGAACGGUGGAUGUACACGGUCGUACCUGUCUGCCGCUAGCUGUGUCGCACUGUGUCGCACUGCAAUCGACGCGCGAGCAACAACGGGGCAGGCGACAACGACGGUGACGGUGGCGGUGGAUGAGAAGAGUGUCCUUUGGUGGCGCAUGCACCACGUUGCAACGCGCGGAUACUACUCCGUCGGGGCCCAUUGCGGGGUCCAAGGAUGGUGAGCUCUCGUACAUCCAUCGUGAACGUCACGUCCACCGUUAACGGUAGCGGUGUAGCCGACGGCGCGAGGAACACGUCGCGCGAAGACGAGAGACGUGCGACGAACGGCGUCGGCAUCAGCGUCGGCGUCGGCGUCCCUCAAGAGUGGAAUCAGAGUGGGCCGCCCUCGCUCUCGAUGUCGGUCGACCUGCAUAAUUUCGACAGUUCGACUCUCACAGACUCGGGACGGUAUUCCGCGAGCCCGGACGAUCACCAGGCCGCAUCGGCCAAUGCUACCACAAUCAAAAUCGGCCGUCACGACGAAGAGGAGAGCUACGAAGGUUUUGGUUCCGUUGAGGGCGAUUUGGUGGAUGAUGGACCGGAGUCGCCGGGUGGUAGCAGUUCCACGCCCUCGCCAACCGGUACCAACUUGCACAGAAAUCCAAGAAGUCCGAAUUCCACCAUUGGAAAACAUUCCUGGUUGCGUACGUCGCUGCGAAGAACGCCUCCUUGCUCGGGCAGAAAGAGGCUCAGUUCUAACGCUUUAGCAAGCCAACUUUAUCGCAGUGGCAGCUUCAACAGUUCUGGAAUGGGCUCGAAUUACGAUGCUACGGACGAUGUGUACAGCGAUGUAUCCUUGGAGGACGUCAUGGAUCUCAGCCAUAAAGUUCAAAUGAUCCAAGAGCAAAUGGAUGCUUUAGCGGAUACUAAGUCGGUCGGUGAGGAAAGGUACGCUCGAGCGAAACAAGAAAAUGCAACAUUACAGGCGCGAAUAUUGAUGCUCGAGGAAGCAGCCAAAGAUGCAGAAACGAGAGCCGAAGAGAGGCUUCAAGCCGAGCAACGAAGACAUCGGGAAUGGGCGUGUCGCUUGGAACGUGAACGUCAGUUGCAAUUGGAAAACUGUGACAUUAAGCUGCAAGCAGCGGAGCUGGACAAUACCAGUUUGCGGGAGGAGAUUGCGCGAAUACGCGAACAGCUCGAGACAGCGAGAACGGAUAAAGCGCAGCUUGAGAAUGAUCUCCGGGAGGCCAGAAGGGAAGCGGACGCCGCGCGCGAAAGUGAACGUCAUGCGAUAAGCCGAGCUAACGAGGCUCAUCAUAUGCUCGAUGUUAUGAGAGAAGAAGAACUUUCGUUACGGAACGAGGAUCAGCAGAGGCUUGAAGAACUGGUGCAGCAGGUGGUUCAACUUCAAGCUCGCAAUAAAAGCUUGGAAGAAUCUCGAGACGAAUUGCAAGCUGCUGCGGCGUUGCAGGCAGGUCGUGAACUUAUAAUGCUGAAUCCUUGUAAUAAUAACGCUGAAAAGGGUCCUAGUCUUGCUGUAGAAUUGUUAGCCGGCAUGAAUCCAGAUCAGAUAGAUGGCAAAGGAGAGCUCAAUGAACCGUGUACGAUGGCUGAAUUAAAACAAGCCUUAAAGGAGCAGCAAGAAGUGAACACGCAAUUAAGAACAUACAUUGAUGGAAUAUUAUUGAACAUCGUGGAAAAUUAUCCGCAAUUGUUAGAAGUGAAACAAAUGCACUGAUACAUAGCACAUAAUCCAUCAUUACAUUCUGUUUUAAUGCUUUCAAGGCAGUUGUACAUUAACUUUCUUUUAAUUGAAGAGACUCGAGGGGGCUGUCUAGAAUUUGACCAACAUAUAUGUUUUACAUAUUAAUAUUUUCGAAUAUUUGAAUAUAUAGCUCAAAAGCGCACUUGAAAGUCAAUUGUUAAUUAAAGUCGAGCCUUUUUAAAGCAAUAGUUCCCGCUUAACGUAAAACUCUAAAAGACGUUCAAUUAGCAUUCGCAAAAAGAGCCUUUUCUAAUUAUAAGUCUAAGACAUUUCUUCGGGUUUCUUUAUUUAUCUUAUCAGAAUCAAAAUUCGUAUGACUGUUUAAGUUCUAGGCAGCGACCAUCUCUGUACAUCUAGAAAAAAAAAAUAAUAAAGUGACGCUAUUGUAGUUGCAGUGUGUACAAUGAUACAAAAGAGAGAAUAUUCGACUGUUAUAUCUCUGAGAUGUCAUAUUAUUUGCAGAUCUAUGAGCCGUUUUUUUCCACUGCCAUCAAACUUCGUCGCGCUAGUAUCAGAGUGGUGAACAAAUUACGCUUCUCGAAUUCUUUACAUGUCGUUGGCUGACCUAAGCACUUUGCUAUACGCGAUAUCUUUAAAGUAUUCGUACAUAUUAAUGAUCAUAUAUGAUUAAUCCGAAUGAAUAUACAGGGUAUCCCAUAAUUAUUGAUACAGCGCUCGUAUGCAGAUAGAACGGAAUAAACUAAGUCGAAAAGUUCUAUGCUAUUUUGCAUUUUUCGUAACAGUUAACAAGAAAUCAUACUAAAAAUGGUCCUGAAUUCACUCUGAACUGAUUGUCCACCGUCUUUUUUAUUGAAACGAAAUCUUCUAACAGCACAGAAAAAUGUAUUUAAAAUUAAAGUAGUAUACAAGAGAAUUAGCGAUUGCUAAUAAUUUUAACUACUGUGAAAAUUGCAAACCAGUAAGACUUUUCGAGUCAGUUUGAUCCGCUCUGCCUGCAUACGAGCACUGUAUCAAUAAUUAAAAUUGGGGAUCACGUAUGCAUAUGUAUGUCAUGUAUCACGGUAGUGUCUCGCUAAGACAUUGCGUAAGACACUGCCGUGUUCCUUUAUGCAAACCGGCGAGUUGCUUUGGAUCGAGAUUAUCGGUACAUAUAUGUCAUGUAUAUGUACAUGUACGCGCGUGUGCGACAACGGAGAUGACAUAACUGCAGACUGCAUAUGUCGCGAAAAACUGUGAUGCAUUAGAGUACCUUUUCAUUGAAAAUUUGUGUCUUGGCUACACACGCCUAUAAUAUAUCAUACGGGCAACUAUCUUGUACUCUAGAUCUUUAUAUCGAAAGCUAGUAAAAUUGCAAUAAAUGAUUCUAUUUUGAUAUUCGUUUCGCCUUCUUUCCCGCUUUCCAAAAAUUGAUUUUGAUUUUCGAGAAAGUUGACCGGUACUUCGAUUUUCGUCAUCUAGGCUCGAAUAAAUCUCUUAUUGGAACGUGUUCUAAUAACUUCAAUGAUUUCAAAAAAAGAAGGAUUUGAUCGAGAAUUUCGAAAAAUGUGUCCCUGACGAAAUACAAAUUUUUACGAAGAAAUACAGAAAAAUUACAUAGAUUGAGACAAGAUCUUAGAAAUUAUUAGUUUUUCGUAGUGGGACAUAGAGCGGCGUUAUUUGAAGAUUGAAGAACCUAGAAAUCUUCUGCCCUCAAACAAUGUCACUCUACAUCCCACACUACGAAUAUCUCCGAAAAAUUAAGAAUUCUAUGCAGUUCUUCGUAAAAGUUUUUCUGAGUGCGUUUCAACUUUCGCUAUUCGUCAAAAUAUAUACGAUUCAAAAAUUCCUCUACCUGAAAAAUAACUUUCUAAAUAAUUUUGUGAACUUGCUGCAAGACACAAUCUACUAAGCGAGAAAAUUUCCAUUUUACUAUCAGCAAGGAAAUGUGGCAUCACCUCGUUAUAAUAUCCACAUGUACUGAUUGAAUCAGCAAUUUUUGAAUUUCUAGACUAAGAUCUUCAACUUCAGUUUAUUUGGUUUUUAAUAAAGUUGUAAUCAUUUGAAAGCAUUCAUAAUAUACCAAAACAGAAAUAGAAAUCAUAAAGAAACGUAUUCAAAGUGUAAUUAUGUAUAUAGCACCAGAUUUAUUCACGUUGCUUUUUUAAGAAAUGUUCAAAAAUUUUUGCACUUAAAAUGAGAUAAAUAUAUGUAUUAUACAUUCAGAUAUUGGAGAGAGAAACUAAAGAUUUUGAAUGCAAAAAGUUGUGUGUGCAAGCAACACGAACAAAUUUAGUGUUAAAACGAGUUUAUUAUAAAGAUGCUUCCAGACGAUUUGUUCAACAUAAGCCAACUUUGCACACAUUCGUUAAAUUGGUCUAUAUUCAUGGAGAAUUAUGCAUGUGUGUGUCUGUAUGUGUGAAUAUUUGACAAUCUGAUAUACAUUGUCCAUAUCGUCUGGAGGAACCUUAAGUGAGAGGGGCGAAUUCGCGUUUUCGAAACAAUCGCAGUUGUUUAGAGUAUACGGAUAAUUUGUUAAAAAGAUAAAUAAAAACAAUUUGUUAAAAAAUGA